GGUCAUGCAUAAUAUUUAAAUUAAUAACGCAGCUAUAGCAAAUAAUUCUCUGAAGUCCAAGUUAUUCAAGUACACUGUAUUUUAUGUAUAUAUGUGUCUUUCUUUCACUAUGAACUUCGAUUGAUGUGUGGGCUGCUAUUGGUUUUGCAGUAUUAUAUCCAUUGCCGCCGCCGCCACAACCUGGUUUAUAUAAUCCACCAUCUCCACCGCUAAUGCAAGAAUAUCAUCAACAAUGUCCUUGUGUUGCUCCCCCUCCAGUAAGUUCCCCUGUCAAUAAUGGACAGGUGCCCCAACAGCCAUCACCUUCUCAUCCUCCUCCAAAAACAUAUAGAUAUUGUAUAGAAUGGUAAGCAGUAGUUAAUCUUAAUUAAGCUCUUUCUUUGUCUUUGUUUCAAUCUAAAUUUAGAUAUUAAUGCAAGCUCGCCAUAACAUUUCUUCCCCCUUCCUGACGCAGUUGUGGGGGCAUUCUGGACUCUUCUGAGAGCCACUCUCAGUAGUUUACUAAUCAAGAGUACUGAUUCUUAAACUGUACAUAUACAAUCAUUGCUCAAAUUUCUUUAGAAAUCAUUUUAGUCUUUAGAUUUAAUGUUGUUUUAUAUACUAAUGAUUAGGCAUACUUAAUCAUUGGCUGUAAUAGAUAGAGUGUUUAAAUUAUUGUAUUGAAAAAUUUGAGCAAUAAAUCUUUUAUAAAUUAUAAAUAUGUAUUGUUUUAUUAUUACUCAAAUUUAAAAUAUUUAAAAUUAGAUAUGUCACUCGUUUAUUUAUAUUCUACCGAUCAAUUUUAUAGUCUUACUUAAACCAGUCGUACUGAGCUUAUAGUUUGGAUUUGAUAUAUCGGCCUCAUUUCAUGGAGAAAAAGAGAUUAACGACCUGGGAAUAAACAAAUCAAUUAAUAUAAAUUCUAUCUAGAAUACUUAAGUCAAUUAUCUUUUUCGGAAUGAUUCAGUCCUCGGACGUGCAAAAACCUUUCGUGAAAGCUCAUUCAUCUUAUAAAAUUGUAAACCACUUAAAAUUUAUUAGUUUUGAGUUACUCUCAAAUGAGUUUUAACUUGAAAUCAAAACAAAAUUAAGAUACUUAACAAAACUUAAAAAAUAAGUUACCAAUACUUAAUCCCUAUAUAUAAACCAUCAGGCAGUUUACCCGUUUCACAAAUAGAAAAACAAACAAAAAAGAGCGAGCUAAUCAUUUAUAUACGCUAAAGUUCUUUUGCCUAAGAUUUACCUGAAUGUUAAACUUUCAGAAGUUUUCUUUUUAAAAAAAUUACAACUUGAAUUGACAAUGAUAAUUUAGAAGGUAAAUUAUAUCAAUUUCCAAUGUUGCCCAGUUCAGAAAAACUACAAAUAAUAAGACCCAUUCUACUUAGAAAGCAUCAAACUUGUCCACACAAAAUUAAAAUAUAUUCAUAAUACCCAUGCAUUAAUUUAAUAAUGCAGCCAUUCCUGAACACUCUUCUUUUUCUUCUUUUUUUCUUGGUUCACUUUGAAUCUCAGUUUAAAUACCUCAAUUCUUUUGUUACACAAUCAAUUUUAAACAUCACAUUGAUUUCUAAUCCUCUUUUUUUUUUUUUUUCUCUUGCUUGUCUGAUCCUGUCCUGAUACUUUCUUUCAAAAAUGGGUCACCAAAACCAGCAACAACCUCCUGGUAAUGUGAUUGAUAAGAUCAUAUAUAAAAGCUAUAUAUAUAUAUUAUUUCUAGCAUUGAAGCUGAUAAAAGGGGCUGAUUUUGAUUUUGUAGUAGUAGAUGCUCCUCCUCCACCGCCUUCAGGCCAACAAGGACCUUAUGUGGCACCACCUCCAGUUAAUUAUCCUAUGAAUAAAGGGCUUCAACAACAUGACCAGCCUCCCCAAGAUACUAAGCCCAAAAGAAAGCAUAAUGACAACCUCUCUGGAAGAUGGAUGUGUUGUCAGGUAUUCAGUGAAGUUUGCUUUGGCUGUGUGGAGAUCCUCAGCGCAGCACCAAAUUAAUCUGUUGAGUGUUUUCUUCCUUUAAAAAAAAAAAAAAAGAAAUUGUAGAUAAAGAAAGCAGCUCGAAUUUGAGAGAUUAUAUUCAAGUUGAGAUAUACGUCUACAGUCUACGCCUGUGGAUACAAUUAUGUGCUCAUUUUAUAUAUAAUUACAUCUCAAGUAUUGUGCCAUUUGAGAAUUAUGUCCUCAUAAUAUUCAUUUAUAGCUCAAGAAAUUAUCAAUGUCUCUCUUCCUCUU